AUGGGGAAGUCGUGGCCUAAUGAUGGUCCUCGGGGGGAUUUCGCCGCAUAUGUGGAGUGGACUCUGGCGAGAAAUGGCUCAUCUUUCACCGUCAGCCCCAUAGAGGAUCUCGCCAGUCCCACUCCCUACCCAGAGACCAGCCAGCCACCAACUCGCUACACGGAGCCAGAGCCCACUGCAGCCGCAGAGCCCGAGCCAUCCACUGACAGGGAACAGGAUCUCGAGAGCGCGACUGACCAGGUGUGUGAGCCGGCAACACCGUGCAUCGUGGGAGUCCUCGUGGAGAUCGAGGGCGUGGAGGAAAGCCCUGCCCACACUCCUGCGACUGAGGGUGAGCUGUAUGCAGUCUCUGAAAGUCAUAUGGAGCAAGUUCUGGAUCUGAUGGACUGGUCUAUGGAGACCAGCCAGUUCCUCGUCAUCCCUGCUGGUGCCAGUCAGUCCCGCAGCUCACCCUCAGUCCGCGCCAUCGGGGCGCGGUGGUUCGCCGCUGGACUGCCAGUCUCCAGCUCCGCCUUGGCGCGUUAAGGCCCUGUCUCCGCCUCCAGCCUCCGAGCCCUGGACUCCUCCUCGGUCCUUCGACCCAGCGGCUCCGCCUUGGCUCUUAGCUCCCUCGUCUCCACCGUGGCCUGUCAUCCCACCUGCUCCACCGGGCUCCAUCAUCCCUCCGGCUCCACCUUGGUCAGUCGUCGACCAUCCGCCGCCUCGGGACUCCACUCCUCCGGUUCCACCUCGUCACUCCAUCCCUCUGGCUCUGUCAGGCUCCUCCUUCCCUCCGGUUCCACCUCCAUCCUCGGUCGCUCCGGCUCCACAGCGGUCUGCCAGGACCCCGCCUCCGCCUUGGUCACCUGAGCCUUCUGCUCCACCUAGGCCCUCCGGAACCUCGACGUCCCCCUGGCUCUGCGGCUGUGCUGCUCCAUCUUGGGCUCCUCACCCACCGGUGCAGUCUCCGCCUGUCGGCCCCCUGGUGUCGUCGACCCCUCCUUCACCAUGGCUCCUCCCGCCGUCGACUCCACCUUGGAUCUCCGUCCUGGCUGGUCUCUGGUGGACCAUCUGGCUCCUCCUGCUCCUGUCUCCUCCCUGGCUCCUUCCUCCGUGGUCCCUGUCUGCUGGCCCCCUCCUGGGAGUCCGUCCUCCACCGGAACCUCCUCCCAAGUUCCCACCCACGCCUCCCUCGGUUGUUUCUACGGUGCGAGGACGCACCUGCCGGGAGGGGGGAGUACUGUCACACCUGGACUCAUUUAGUGUGUUUUUGCCCGUGACCCAG